AGUCUCUCAUAUGGUUAUUGAGGAGGUCGGCUUCAUGCAGAACAAUCUGGAGAUCGAGAAGUCAUGUCGGGAGAGUGCCGAGGCCCUGGCCUCAAAGCUGAACAAGCAAAACAAGAAUCUGAAACGGAUUAGCAUGUUGUACAUGGCCAAACUAGGUCCAGAUCUCAUUACUGAAGAGAUCAACCUGGAUGACGAAGACACCUCUUCCGAAAGCGACAGUGGGGGAGUAUGCCCGUCACUUAACUGUCAACAGAAAAUAAAAGAUCUCCAGAAACAGGUCUUGUCGGCCCAGGAGGAAAAGUCGUCUGUCUCUCUAGAGCUGGAGGAGCUUCGAUCCCGACUUGUUGACCUCAUAGAAGAGGUGAAUGCUACCAAAAAAGAAAAUGUCAUGCUGACCAAAGAAGUUUUUGACCAGCGUAAACUUUUAGAAAAGUACAACAGAGUGUCUGUCCUGGCGGUGGAGGAAUAUGAAGAUCUACAGAACAGCCUAGAAAUGGAGAAGGACCUGCGUGAGAGAGCAGAGAAACUGGCCCAGGAGAUGAUCAUCGAACAGAAUAAACUGAAGCGACAGAGCUGUCUGCUGCUGCAGGAGUGUGCCCCAGUGAGCAGCUACUGAAAGCGUUCGAGGAGAACGCCAGAUUGACCCAACUGCUGGAGGAAAACCGCAUCCAACAUCAGCAAAAGGUGAAGGAGUUGGAGGAUCAGUUGGCGGAGGACCGGCUUAGGAAGGAGAUUCAGAGUCUGAAGAAGCAGUUGGAGAUAAUGGAGGAGGAAAAGAAGGAUCUGGAGGUGAAGCUGCAGAGUUCGGAGUCAUCAGUAAAAGACCUGAAACAUGCUGUGGAAGAGCUUCAGAAACGAGUACAUCAGGCUGAGAAUCCGCCACCCCCUCCUCCGCCACCGCCGCCACCUCUCCCGCCUCCUCCGCCGCCCAACCCCAUCCGGUCCCUGAUGUCCAUUAUUCGGAAGAAGCCCUCGCAGGCAAGCAGCUCUGUGAAGAAGGAAAUUGCCUCCCAGCCAGAGUCCGAGGCUGUCGAUGAUCUGAAGCGGCAGGCAGUGGAGGAGAUGAUGAGUCGAAUUAAGAAGGGGGUUCACCUGCGUCCUGUCCAGCAGACAGUGCGGAUAAAGAGCCAGCAGGAGCCUCCAGAGGCAGCAGCGCCACCCGCAGGAUGUGAUGAGGAAGCAAUGACCCAGCCAGAUGAGGUGAAAUCUCAGAGCAGUGCUGUCCAGGAGCUCCGGAGUAUGUUGAAUACCCUGGGCUCUUCAACCAGUCAGAAGAGACAUGGCACCAUCAGCACAGCCUCCACCGAAACAGAACUUCAGAGGAUUCUGCGGCGCCGCAAAGUGACAACAGAUCAAGACGCAUCCGCAGGAACCCUGACGUCCACAGAAUCAAAGUCAAUGCCAGUCCUGGGCUCUGGGACCAGCUUGCCCCUACGCCAGAAGGGCAGAAAUGCUGAAUCCGAGACGCGGUGUGGACACCCGAGAUCACAGAUGGAGGGUGCCGACAAACCUAUCCACAUAAAGCAGACAUCGCAGUCUGCGGAAGCCCUGCGUAGCUCUAUAGAAAAGGCCGACACUACAGGAAAUGCAUUGGGGGAUUGCACUGAGGGCUGCAGAAGACGGUGUCACCAGCCAUGUUAAUGGUGAACAACUGGCCAACCCACGGGGGAAGGAUGAGGACAGUUCUAAUUGCUAG